UGAGAUUUGUCAGUAUUAAACAUGGAGGAGUACAUGUACCUUGUAAAGUGUUGAUUGUCUAAUACUUAUUUUCGUAUAAUUUUAGUGUUUUCGCGAUUUAUAAGUUUAUUUCUUGAAUUGAAAUCAUGGAUUUCGGUCAAUUACUUCACACUGCGCAAAGAAACGAGAAAUCAAAGGACCAAAAGGUUAAAUACUACAGCACUAAAUUCGAGCCACCAAAGAAGGAAAAGAAAUCGAGCCAACUUUCGGAAAACAUCAAGAAAUUUCUAGCCAAAAAGGAAGCUGAGGAAAGGAAGAAGGCCGAAGAGGAUCGCAAAAGGCGCGAGGAAUUACUAGCUCUGCGUUCCCAGGAUAAAAAAGCAACAAAACGGGUAAAUGUUAUGUUGAAAAGAACCAAAUCAGCCAACCAAUCUGUCAUACAAGAUGCUAUUGAUAACGAUAACACAGCCGUUACAUUGGCCGGGCCAAUGCAGCCUGACGAAGACGAUUACGGUUACGUAUCGCAGGAGGCCACGCAAUUUUACAAUCAAAUGAUGGAGAAGUACAAUAAAAUGCCCAACGAACCGAAGUUCGAUAUGUCCAAGAAAAAAGUCAGCACUAACUUGGGCAAUACGAAGGACAGAGUGAGAGCUGCCUUGGAGAAAGAGAAGGAGGAUGCAUUGUUGCCCCAUAAAAGAAAAAGAAAGCAUAAGGAAGAUGAUGAAGAAGGUGUCAGUUACGGAGCUCCCGAAAGAAAUUAUGAUGAUAAAUAUAAGGAUGAAAAGUCUGUUUCUUCGCAAAAAAAAUCGAAGAAGGUGCCAGCUCCACCUCCUAUGAAUUUCGCAGAUCUUUUGAAAAUUGCCGAGAAGAAGCAAUUCGAGCCGAUUAAAAUCGAGAAAAAAGAGAAAGAGGAGGAGAGAUUGCUCACCAAAAAACAGAAGAGAGAAAUGGAAAAGGAGAGGGAAUCUCAAAUUCGGAGGGAGGAAAGAAGAAAGGAGAUUAGUAAAAUGUCAAAAACAAGUGCCGAAAAAAAUAAGCUCAAGACUCCUCAAAUUCCUAAAAUUAGUGAAAAUUCUAAAUCAAUCAAUAGUAAUGUUAAAAUAGAUAACGAUAAAUUAAAAUCUAGUAAAGAAAAAUCUACUACUAAUAAUAAUAAUAAUAAUAGAAGCAUUUCUAAAAAUCUCAAGAAUAUUAAAGAAGAUUCUCCUGAAGAAGAAUAUAUUCCUGGAAAAUACUUACCAGGUGAUCUGAGAUACCGACCAGAACUGGAAAACAAGAAACCAUCGAAUGAUGCAAACAUUAAAAAAUCUACGGACAAUAAACCAUCUCAAGUGGAUGAUUUGUCCAAUAAGAAACAACUGCCAAUUAAUUUAUACAAUAAGAAAACCCCUUCGUCCGACGUCAGAGGACAUCUACAAGUCAAUAACAAAUCCAACAUCAAACCGGCGCCUUCUACGACGCCUCAGAAGAAGUACGCUGAUGAGCCUCAAUCGAAGAAGUUUCCACCGGAUAGCGUCAAGAGGAAAUUACCGGCUAAGUUACCUCCCAAGCAAUUUCCACCUCCGGAUAUGAAGAGGCGAGACGAACGGAUGGGACCACCCAGGUUUAAGAAACCCAUGAACGUUAAAAAAGGGCGGAUAUUGGACGAUGAUGAUUCCGAAUACGAUUCGGAGAUGGACGAUUUCAUCGACGACGGUGAUGAUACGGAAGAUUAUUCGAGGUACAUUUCGGAAAUCUUCGGUUACGAUAAAUCUAGGUACAGGGAUAUCGAAGAUGAUGGAGUGGAUAAUAUGGAAUCUUCGUUUGCCCAGCAAAUGAAGGAAGAGAUUAUUAGUACUAAAAUAGGUAUACUGGAAGAUUUGGAAGAGGAGAAGAAGGAGGAGGAGGCGAAGCGAAGGAAAAUGCUGAUGAAGAAAAAGAUGAAAAGUUAAAUUGUGAUUAAGGGCCAAAAUAUUAAAAAAAUAGAUUUUUAUAUUUUAAUAAACGAUAAGGUAAAAAUUUAUGUAAUAUAUUUUGAGGGAGGAUUUGUUAUAAUUGAAAAACAUCGUUAUAUUUCUGUAUGUUUGUGAUUUAUUAUUGUUGUGAUAGGAUAUUAUUUGCGU